GAGUUCUACAAAGACUUUUUGUACGACUGGAUUGAAGCGCUGCAACAGCUAAACGAUUUGACUGUUACUGAAUCUCAGCCUCGAUUAGUAUGGUCUUUCGCAAUCUUUAUGGGAUCCAUCAUUGUUUUCAUUGGCUGCGCUUCAUUAAUGCUCCUUUCUUAUAGAGUUGUGGAUCCUUGUUAUCCAAAAAUUCCACCUCGGCCG